AUGAAGACAUUCAUCGUACUUUCCGUUCUACUCGCCACAGUAUGCGCAUUGCCUCAACGCGGUCCUGUGCACGGUGUUCCCAUUCAAGGACCCGGUGCUGGUUUCGGCGGUAAAGGUCAAAGCAGCGCUAAUGCUGCUGCUGAUGCAGCUGUUACAGCUGGUGUUGCUGGUGGUGUUGGACCAGGUGUUCGUGGUGGUCCAGUACGUCCAGGUGCAGUUCCUGGUUUCGGUGGUCCAGGUUUCGGCGGUGCAGGUCUUGGUGGUGUCGGUGGUGGAUCAAGCUCUGCUAAUGCUGGUGCAUCUGCUAAUGCUGGUUCCAGCGGCGGUCGUGGUGGUAUCGGCGGUUCUAAUGCCAACGCUAAUGCCAACACCAAUGUUAACUCCAAUAUUGGUGGUGGACGUGGUGGUGGCUCAGCAUCUUCUUCAGCAUCAGCAUCCGCUUCAUCGUCAUCAUCUGGUUUUGGUGGCUCUAACGCAAAUGCCAAUGCUAAUGCCAAUGCCAACUCAAAUGUUAAAGUACGCGGUUAA